GUAGUUGGUGGAAGUCAAUCAUCGUGGUGCGCCGUGACUAGUGGGGUCCCCCCAAGGCUUUGUCCUCAGGCCAAUCCUUUUCAACAUCUUCAUUAAUGAUGUGGACAUUGGUGUGAGAAGUGGGCUGGCCAAGUUCGCUGAUGACACCAAACUUUGGGGUAAAGUGUCCACGUCCAAGGACAGGAUGGUAAUCCAGGCUGACCUUGACAGGCUCGGAAAAUGGGCAGAUGAAAACCUCAUGGCCUUCAACACCAAAAAAUGCAAGGUAGAGGGCUGCUAGGAUUGGGAAUUUGCCCUUUCCUCCACCCUGAGGGAAAUGACCUGCAGAAAAGGGAUAAGAUCUGUUCUCAUUUUUUCUCUGUUCACCAUUCCCAUCUGUGUCUGGAUUGCAGUAUGGAAUUGAGACAUCCGCUACCUUCCCUGUUACUUCUCAUGCCCAGAAUUCUUGUUGUUGUAUCCUUGGCCAAAGACACUGGAUCAGAAGUAAGUUCCCUCCAAAACUCAAUUCUACGUGCCUUCCUUGUGCAGGUUGUGCCAUUAUUGAUGCCAAGCUGUGGUGCUAAGCCUCUGUCAGGAUUGGACCCUUUUAGAGGAAGGCCUGCUCGCAAUACCCGUAUUGAGUGGUGUAUCUCAGGAGUCAUUCUAACAAAGCCAUUGGAAUUACACUGGUGUGAGAGGAGAAUCAGUGUAGGGAUGUGCUGACCUGUCAUGCUACGGCUGGCCCACAAUGUCUGGGAAAGAACCUUCAGCUCGGAAAUCUUGGACAGUGCUUACAAACCAUUGAACCUCCCCAUAAGGAUGACUGCCUCUGCCAUUGAAAAAUAUGUAAAGUUUGUGGACCACUUCCUGGAAUCAGUAGAGAAGCACUUCAUGGAAGGCUAUCAGGUGAACUAUUACAUCUUCACCGACCACCCCCAGGCAGUUCCCAGAGCCGUACUGCAGCCUGCCCGAAGCCUCUUCAUGGUCCCGAUCAGAAAAUAUUCCCACUGGCAGAAGAUUACCAUGUGCAGAAUGGAGGCAAUAAACAGGCAUAUUGCAGAAACACUCCACUGGGAGGUGGAUCGCUGGAUAUUGAUAUUCUGUCUGGAUAUUGCUACGGUGUUCCACAACCCAUGGGGGGCAGAGACACUGGGAGAAGUGGUGGUAGCCAUAUACCCUGGCUACUUCAACAUCCCUCAAAGACAGUUCUCCUAUGAGAGAAGGAGCACUUCAGCAACCUUCAUCCCUGAUGGAGAGGGGAACUUCUACUAUGGAGGGGCUGUCAUUGGAGGGCUGGUCAAGAAGGUGUAUGAUAUCGCUUAGAUGUGUCACAUAACCCUUCUGGCAGAUGAAACCAAGGGGAUCAUGGCAGCUUGGCCAUGGUACGUCUUGUACCUCAACACUGCCUGAGGUCUGCCUGAUAUGAUUUUCAACGGUGAAUAAGAACUAUAAUAAAACAAGGGGCUGAGCCUUUCAGACAUGUGGAGGCCUCUCUUUUCCAGAAAUGAAGCACUCAAAUUGUUGCCCCUGGAGGGGGCAUUCUAUUCAGAUUUUUUGGCUCUCCUCUAUGGACUGAUAGUGGAGAUGGCACAGAUGGUUCUUUUCGUUCAGGGAUGGUUUAAGGCACUUCAGAAACAGCUGUUCUGGAGUCACCACUGGUGUUGAGAACAAGAACAAAUCAACUUGAUGUCUAAUCCGUCUAAAUACACAUGCUCCCCUCUCUGGGUUGUGACUGUCUAAGUGAUACCCAUGCUAAAUAUUUCCUGUGAGCUGUGAGAGAAGCCAAACUUCAGCUCUAACUGUAAAGGAUCAGCAACUUUCAUGUCCUUUUUUUAAUGUUCCAUGAGUAAAACCCUUCUUGUUACUUGCCUGUAGAACACAGUGUCACAAUACCAGUAUAUGGCUGAUGGCACACAAGAAUUUAUCAGGAUUCAGUACAUGACUGGAUGCUAAAAGGGAUAAGGAGAACAUACAAAGCUAUAAUAAAUAUUUUUAAAAAGAGAGCUUUAUAAGGAAUAUAGACUCUCAGGCUUCAUAAACCAACUGCUGACAAAUGGAAGCUUGCCCAAAGAGCCGGUUACUCUCUAAUUGCCUAUUGCAGCAGCUAGUCAUGGCCACUGCUAGAACAGGCAAGGGAACUAAAAGGAUGAGUGCUGUGAACCCAUAUGGCAAUUUCUGUGUCCUGAAUUUCCAUCCAAGUUUGGCAGGUCCAAACGACCAGAGCAGAUGUAAUUGAGUUCAGACCAGCAGCUGAAUUUCUGUAUACUUUUCCCAGCCAGGGACAAGCUCUGAACCUUUUCAUUAGUCCACACGUCUCUGGUGGUUUCUUAAUCUUUCCUGACAAAGGAAAGCUGGUGUUGAGAUGCCCAUGUGGAUAUCCCACCAUUUAGCCCAUUCCAACUUUCCUAAGCUCUGUGAGAUGAAUUGGUUAGAAGUUGCCAAGCUCCUGGAACUGUACAGUAACAUCUAACAUGUUACUAGCAAAUUGAGUGAUUUCAUUGUGUACUAUUCAUGCAGUGACUCUGGGUGAAUUAUUUUCCCAGGCAAGGAGACAGGCUGGAGUUACCAUAUGCUUUUCAUGGAAGAAACAAGAAGCUGAUCUAGUUAUUGCAGAGCCUCACAACCUGACCGUUCACCUGGAAUAAGGAAAAAAAAUACAACUCCUGGGAAACCACAAUCACAUGUCAACAGUUGCAAGUAGCAGGUGCCAUACACCCUGCAGAAACAUAUGUGCUUAUAAUCAUCUUCCAAAUAACACCUGAGGGGUGCUUCUAAAUUGGAGCAGUUAGAGAACCUACCGAGAGAAGCAAAGAUGACAGAGCGCAGAACUAAUCCUGCAUUGUAAAGCAAAGAGGGUAGCAGCAGGGGUGAAAGGGUUAAGCUGCCUGUUUCCAAGGAAACGUUUUGAAAAAGGCUCAUUUGGCAGAAGAAUGAGAGAAAAUCAGGAAGAGGUGGCUGGCUGUUGUCACAUGAGAGCAUUGUUAAAUGUCAGAGCUUCAAGCAUUCAAAUAGUUAGGGCCCAGUUUCCAAAUGUGGACACCUUGAUGGGCCAUUCUACAGUCCUGUUUGCAAACUCGGAGGGGACACCCAAGAGCCUGCCAACAUGCAAGUUAGAAAACCCAUUGAGAUGCCCUUAAAAUGUAUAGCAUAACAAUGCUCUCUCUUUCCUCCAAAACUCAGCACUGAUUGAACACAUUGGCCUGGAGUUGUGCCAGCUUGAGGGUCUGUCACCUAAUACUUUCUGCUUGCAAUUGUUAAUGGUUGAGAGAGAAACCUUUUGAACGUACUAAAGGGAGAUUUGAAUCCUUUAGUUAUUAAGUUGCCUCUAAUAGUGAACUGUGCUGCUCCUCUCUUGGUCAGAACCAAGGUCUGUAUGGACCGGGAGGCCAAUGGAGGAUCCUUGUCCAAUUUCAGCUGCUAAUUAUGCACCUCCACAAGAGGCAAUUUAUAAGUCUUCACGUAUAAUUUGUAUUACUUUACUGCCCAAAGGGACCAGCUAUGAUCAGAGUCUCAUUGUGCUUCAGGCUAUACAUAGAUGGAUUCAUAUAGAUUUUUAAGUUCAAGUGGGACCACCUAAGCUGACUCCCUACAUAGGACAAACCAGACAGCUUUGCCCGGCAAUGUCUGCACUGAGCCUGUGAUUUCUGGGUGAUCUUGUCAGGUGUCCCAGAAAGCAUCCAGACUUGAGUGAAAGACUUCAAGUGAUAGUCCAUAGCAGUCCACAAAGUGAUAGGAGUGAUAGUCCACAAAGUCCAUAGGACUGUUGUUCCAAUGGUUCGUUGCUCUGACUGCUACAGAUUUUGUGUUUUUUCUGAACUGAAUGUAUCUAGCAUCUACUUUCUGUCUCUGGGUCUUGUUUUGCCUUGUUCUACUAGAAUAAAGAGCACGUUCCUAUC